AUGGAGCAGCCUGGUGCGCCUCAGGUGGUGCGGCUGGACCAGGUGGCGGCGCCGCGCCCGGGGUCAGCCUUGGCGCAGCUGCCCCGUGUGUCAGGGAUCCCCGACGACGGCAUACGCCUCACAGAGGGCCAGGAGCGCACCCUGUGCGUCUCCACGCGUCUGCCUCCGCAGCUGCUGGCAGGCGGCCGCGGCGGGGAGGUCAGAUG